CUUUGGUGUCACGAUCCCAUCCAGAGGCAAGCAAACCUCUCGACAUGUAUUGGCCUCUGAAUGUGGCAAGGCGCAUCGUACCACCGCUAUUGCCACCCGACAACGAUGAGACUCCAGAGGGCGUCGCACUCGAUGACGACAUCGACGAUGCCAUUCAGCUGUCGCCCUCCCCUUCCUCGCACCAUUCCCAACACUUCUCCAUCAUCACCCCUCGUUCACUACACAUCUACACGACGCGGCCCACGCAAGUCAUUGCUAGCCUCAGAAGGACGAGAAAGAGUAUUCAAGACUAUGGGCGCAACGUCAGAGCUUCAUGGAAGCCGGCAACCACCACCUCUUCUUCCAAUGACCGAGGCCGCAUCACCAUCGUCGUAGAAACAUCUUCUUCUUACGUCCUCGUCUACCAUGUCAAGCCAUCUGCAGACGAGAUGGCUUACCUUUACGUCCCUACCUCUUCAUCUUCUCAAGCGUCUGCAUCCAAGAAGCCGUGGGCUCCUUCGUCCAAAUCGCUCAAGAGCACCUUUGCAGCCGCUUCAGGAGAAGGACCAGCGGGCGCUUUUCCCCUCGACAUUUCCCUUCGACUUGCUCUUCGUGUCGAUGCUACUCUGGCUUGCUGUCUAGCUACAUCCGAAAACCUCCUCGUCUCAACAGUCAACCCUCCUGCCAUACAAGCGAUACCAUGGCCAGGCGAGAAAGACGGGUCCACUGGCUCAGAGACCAAAACGACUCUACUCUCAUCGUUGACUUGGUUCCGUGGCGGCGACGCGGCCAAAGAGCAGCCAUUGCCCCAUGUCACCACCAUUGUUCAUUCACGCAGGAUGGAUCUCUACUUCUGGCUCACCAGCGACGGGCAAGGCUAUGUAGCCUCCUUGAAGGUCGACGGCGAGGCAUCUAAUUGGAAAGGCCGAAGGUUUCACGUCCCAAGACCUGCCCGUAAUAGGCGGACUUCCUCUUCUGCAUCGUCGUCCAAAGCCACUGUCGCUUUAGAAGCCAGCACGACCACAUUGACUUCAUCCUCGCCUCUUCACGCAACGUCGCCCGCCCGCUGCACAUCCAUCAACGCCAAGAUGGGGCUCAUAGCGGUCGGUAGAGAAGAUGGCAUCGUUGCCGUCUACAUCCUGCGAUCCCAGACCAAGGCAGUGAUUUCGCAUACGUUUUCGCUCCGAAAAUCGCUGCAGUCGACGGCUUCUUUCCUCAAGCCGGGCACCGUACAGACUCUGGAAUGGACGGCAGAUGGUCUCGCAUUGGCCGUUGGAUGGGACAAUGGCUGGGCAGUAUGGUCAACAUGGGGCAAGCUCAUGGGCCACUCUUUCGUCGACGAGAGCCCCUCGCAACGUAACAAGGCAUUUGGAGAUGCUUUCAUGGACGGCGUCAAGGACCUCUUCUGGGGACCUGGUGGUACCGACCUCUUCCUUCUUGCCGACGCCUCUGCCAGCGUGCCCAAGACUCAGAAGGCAGGAUCAACGGCUCCUUCUGCGCAAAUCCGCCAUCAGCGGCAACAUCGUCAACUAUUUGUCGUUCCACACGCCAAAUCGGCCGUGGCAGGGCAGCACUCACCCGACAAUACUCGAUUCGCCUUCAUCCAGCUCGAUGAUGCGCUGCUCGUCUAUCGAGGGUCAGAUCAGCCCGAUGUAAGCAUCAUCAAUCCAGACUCGGACGUCUGGCAGCACAUCAAGAUACCUCAGCCUUACGUGGCAGCUCACUGGCCAAUCAGAUAUGCGGCUAUCAGUCCUGACGGGCUGCUCAUUGCCGUGGCAGGAAGAAGGGGACUGGCGCAUUACUCUUCCAUCUCGGGCAGGUGGAAGACCUUCGACAAGGAGACGGACGAGGCGAGCUUCACAGUCCGGGGUGGUCUGCAAUGGUUUGAGCACGUCCUCAUCGUAGCCUGUCAAGCGACAACAGGCACAGGAGAUUCCGCCAAGACGUCAUCGCAGCUUCGUCUCUAUUCGCGAGAUGACGAGCUACUCAACUCCAACCUGCUGCACGUCGAGGAUCUGCCUUCACCCGUGGUACUUACGAGCCUGUUUGAGGACUCGCUCCUCGUCUACACGAGCGACAAUACCUUCUACCACUUCUUGCUGGUCGUGUCCAAGAGCAGGAUUGAGCUACAGCUCUGCGGAAGCAUCACCUUCGAAGGCGUCGUCGGCGAGCCGGAGAGGGUGAGGGGGCUCAGCUGGAUGAUCCCGAGGAGUCAACAGCGAUUUGGAGAUCCAAUGGAUGAUCUCACCGUGGCUACGAUCAUCUUCCUCGUCGACGGGAAGCUCGUGCUGUUGCGUCCACGUAAAGCGAGCGGCGGCAAUAACAGCAACAAGGACCCACAGUCACGCGGAUCAUUGCCAGAGAAUGAAGCAGAGGAGGUCGCGUACGACAUGCAGAUCCUUGGCGAUCACAUCGAGUACUACUGGACCCACCUGUCCGGCAUCGGCACUCUUGAGAAUUCCUUGUGGGGCUACGACGGCUCAGGCAUCAAGCUCUGGCUCGACGCGCUGACCAUCGAGCAGGCCGAGCCCAGAAGCCAGACCAAGGCGGAUGGGGGAGAUGAGGGGAACGGAGAGGAAGAGCGCGAUAACGAUGAAGACGAGGAGGAAGAAGAGAUGCCCGAGUACAAGACCAUCGAGGAGAGCCUCAGCAUGCCCCUCGACUUCUAUCCUCUGUGUGUCGUCCUCGAGAAGGGUAUCAUCGUAGGUAUCGAGCCUGAGGUUUCGAUGCGCAAGUCUCUGGACUUUGCCAUAUUCCGCUCCACGACGACAACGCAUCUCUUCUUGGACCGAUUGCUUAGGCACUACCUCGAGGCGAACAAGAUGAAGGACGCCGUACUCUGCGCAAAUUCGUACAAGGACCUGGUCUACUUCCCUCACGCCCUCGAGAUCCUCUUGCACGCGGUUCUAGAGGACGAGGCAGACGCACUGUCCGAGGGCGGCGGGAUGACGCCUAGUGCUAGCGGAAACAGUAUACCAACGAGCGCGAGCAAUGGCUCCAUCGUCGACCACAUCGACGACUCCGAAGCUGGGCACGACGUCGCAGGCUCAUCCACUCCUCCUGGCCACCCUCUGCCUCUUCUCCCGCGUGUCAUUGACUUUCUGGACCACUUUCCCUCAUCCCUCUCCAUCCUUGUUUCGUGCGCUCGCAAGACGGAGGUGCGUCGGUGGUCGUACCUCUUCCACCCGAACAAUCUCGGCGAGGGCGUUACACCGCGAGUGCUGUUCGAGCGUUGCUUGCAGGAGGGGGACUGGGAGACGGCGAGCGGUUGGCUCAUUGUCCUGCAUACAUUGAGCGGCAGCGAGGCGAGCGGUGUAGAUAACAGCGUGGCAGCCUUCGAGGUAGGAGGCGACAAGGAAGAGCUGACGGCUAGGUUGCUCACUCUAGUAGCGGCAAAUCCGAGGUCUUCGAGGCGGUCGAGAGGGUCAGCGAGCGGUGGAAAUGAUGGCUGGCUUCUCUGUCGCGACUUGCUGAGGUACACAAAGAGCAUGGACGAGAGCGGCCGCAGCUUAAGGAAGGUGUUGCGCCUUGCUGGCUGGGACAAAGACGAGGUCUCGAGCAGCGAGGCAGCUCACGACGUCACCGAUAAAACACAAAAGGUGGCGCCGCGGCCCAAGACCAUGAAGCGUAUACUAUCGAGCACGGCACAUUCGACCACUCUCGACUCUGUACCGCAGGAGCAGGACGAAGACGACGGCGGAGACGCGCAACGAUCGAAUGGCGACCGAUCGAUUCCUUUCCUCUCCGUGAAUGGCCAGGCGGUCUCGCCUUCAACGUCAUGGGGCCGAGCAGCUCCUUCAACGUCUCCGCCGAUGUUGAGACGGUCCAUCUCUGGGUCAUCGUCGGGCAGCGGCGGCGGCGCUGGCGGCAUGUAUCGUGUUGGUCUCGGAGGGGGAGCGGCAAAUGUCAUGGGAAUCAGGGGUCAUCCUUGGAGAGCAGGAGCAGGAGCAGGUGGAGCAGGUGACGCGGGUAGACGAGCGAGCAUGACGUCGACGUCUUCGAUGUCUGAGGGUCAUGAGGCAGCGGAUGCGGCGCCGAGCGGUCAGUGAGGCGGCAGCAUUUGAUUGGAGCGAAUUUGGGACGCCUGAGACAAUCAGACUUAGUGUGCAGUAAUGAAUGGAGGUCGCAGAUGUG